CAGUACUGCUUCAAUUAAGUGAGGAGGACGGAGAGAGAGAGUGGCUGAGUGAGCGAGACAGAGAGUAAAGUCAGACACAGAGAGAGAGAGAAAAGUUAAGUAAGGACAGUUUAGUUAGAGUGUCUAUAAGGCAUUAUACGUGCUGAGGCGAAAGAACUUUACCACGAGGGCGCUGUAUACCUCAGCGCCUUUGUUCAAAGCGACCGGCAGGCUUCACUGAAUAACAGGACUUGUAGCCAAUAUCAUGGGUUCCAAGCGACACCGCUCAAAGACUGAGGCAACUUUACUCCACACGGUUUACUCACUGCCUGGGCGAAUUACACUUUCAUUCGCUCUUCUUUUACCUUUGUGUGUUGCAUUCAACUUAGACGUCGAUACCCCGUCGGUAUACAGCGGACCUGAAGGCAGCUAUUUUGGUUACUCCGUGGACUUUUAUAUGACCAACACUCCUGGUAGCGAAAGUAUCAUUGUUGGAGCACCCAAGGCUAACACCAGCCAGCCCUACAUCAGAGAGGGAGGCUCUGUCUUCUAUUGCCCGUGGAACCAUGGUCAGGCACAGUGCAAAAAUGUGGAGUUUGACAGACAAGGAGAUCUUAAUGUGACUCUCAAUGACACUGAAACCCAAGCUGAAUUCAAGUCCCACCAGUGGUUUGGAGCAACUGUGCGUGCCCAUAGUGACUCUGUUUUGGCUUGUGCACCCCUCUACUCCUGGAGAACCAAGCAGGACACGCCCGAAUCAGACGUCACAGGCUCCUGCUAUCUGUCUGUUAAUAACUUUACCAAGUUUGUCGAGUAUGCCCCUUGCCGCACAGAAUUCCAUGGAGCAAAGGGCCAAGGUUAUUGUCAAGGUGGAUUCAGUGCUGAUUUCACCAAGGAUGGGAAGGUAGUACUUGGAGGACCUGGCAGCUAUUUUUGGCAAGGACAAGUUAUCUCUGCAGUGAAGGAAGAAAUCAUCAAGGCCUACUACCCAGGCUUCUUCCUUACGUCAGUGAUGGGCCAGAUUCAGACCAAGCAGAAGAAGGAAAUCAAGUUUGAUGACACUUACAUGGGUUACUCUGUGGCUGUGGGAGAGUUCAGUGGAGAUAAAGAAGAAGACUUUGUGACAGGAGUUCCCAGAGGAGUGCUUCUGCAUGGCCAGGUAUCUAUUCUUAAUGGUUCCUUGGAGACCUUGAAAAACUUCACCGGUGAGCAGAUGGGCUCCUACUUUGGCUAUGCAGUGGCUGCUACAGACAUAAACAAUGAUGGCCUGAUGGACUUGUUGGUGGGUGCUCCCAUGUUCAUGGUGCGAGAUUCAGAUGGAAGGUUGGAGGAGCUGGGGCGUGUAUACGUGUACCUACAGACUGGUCCUCUGGAACUUGUACCACAGCUACCUCACCUCACUGGGACACAGACGUUUGGCCGGUUUGGCAGCUCCAUUGCUCCUCUUGGAGAUCUUAACCAGGAUGGCUUCAAUGAUGUAGCCAUUGGCAGUCCAUUUGGUGGGAAGGAUGAACAGGGCCUGGUCUUCAUCUACAAUGGCUAUACUAAAGGCCUCCGGGAAAAGCCCUCCCAGGUGCUUGCUGGCCAGUGGGCAUCAAAUGCCCCUCCUGCCCCACCUGCCAGUUUUGGCUUCACUUUGCGAGGAGGCAAAGACCUGGAUCAAAAUGGCUACCCAGACCUUAUUGUGGGAGCAUUUGGAGUUGACAAGGCAGUUCUGUACAGAUCUCGUCCCAUUGUGAAUGCCAGUGCCACUCUAAGUGUAUAUCCAACCAUGAUCAACCCUGAAGAAAAGAUGUGCACCAUUAGCAGUGGGAACCAGACAAUGCACGUCUCCUGUGUCAACUUGAGCUUCUGCCUUUCAGCCGAUGGCAAGCACCUUCCAGAAAAUUUAGUGUUUAAUGUGGAGGUGCAGCUGGACCGACUGAAGCAGAAGCAGAAGGGAGUAGUUCGCAGGGCUCUGUUUUUGGACACUCAACAGGCCAAUCUGCAAAGGAACCUCAAAGUACCCAACAAUGCUAAAUUUUGUCAUGAGACCAAAAUCUACCUGAGGGAUGAAAAGGAGUUUCGGGAUAAGCUUUCUUCCAUCUAUAUCGCUCUUAAUUUUAGUCUGCAUCCUCAAGCUGCAGCAGACAAGCAUGGCCUGCGCCCCAUCCUCAACUACCAGACGACUGAGCUCAUUGAGCAGAAGGCCCAGAUUUUACUGGACUGUGGAGAGGACAACAUCUGUGUCCCUGACCUGAAACUUUCUGUGCAUGGGGACAGGAAGGAGGUGCACAUGGGUGAUGACAACUCGCUGACCCUCACCUUUAAUGCCCGGAAUGAUGGAGGAGGGGCUUAUGAAGCCGAACUGUAUGUGGUGCUUCCUCCUGAGGCAGACUACAGUGGAAUUGCCCGCAAUAAUGAGAGUCUGACUCAGCUGACCUGCAGUUAUGAGACUGAGAACCAAACGCGUUAUCUCAGCUGUGAUCUGGGAAAUCCCAUGAAGUCUGGCACCAACCUGUGGGCAGGCCUGCGGUUCACAGUGCCACGACUGAAGGACACUCGCAAGGUGGUGCAGUUUGACAUGCAAAUCCGCAGUAAAAAUGAGAAUAAUUCCCAAAGUGAGGUUGUUCCCUACAAGUUGGAGGUGGUGGUGAAAGCUGAUGUUAUUUUACAGGGUGUGUCCCGACCAGAUAAGGUCUUCUUGCUGCUUCCGAACCGGAGAGUGACCAAAAAUGUGGCCGUGGAGCAGGAAAUAGGGCCUCCAGUGCAGCACAUAUAUGAGUUGGUCAAUAAUGGUCCUAGCCGUAUCAGUCACACAGCCCUCCAGCUGAAGUGUCCUCUGGGAACUAGGUUCAUGUACCCACUGGAAGUCACCACACAGGGGCCUGUAAACUGCACCACACAAAAUGUUGUCAACCCCUUGAACCUAAAGCUUCAGCAAUCAUCCAUGGAUCAGCCACCUUUGAACCAGGAGCAUCACAUUGAAAAGCGGGAUACGCAGAAGGGGGAGCUAGCAGAACUGACAAACCUGUCAUGCUCCAGUGUAGAGUGUUGGACUCUGCAGUGCAAUGUUGGUCUGCUGGAUAAAGGGACCAGUGCAAUUCUGCAAGUGCGCUCGCGUCUUUGGGCCGAAACAUUCAUUACGAAGUCGUAUAAGAAAUUUGUUCUUGAGUGCUUGGCUAGUUUCAAGGUGGAAAAGAUGCCUUAUGCCAUUUUACCCAAGGAGAAUCCCAGUGGAGCUAAAAAGGUGGUCACCCACGUGGAGUGGAAUAAACCGGACAGUCAGUAUGAUGUGCCACUGUGGAUCAUCAUUCUGGCUAUACUGGUUGGACUUCUACUGCUGGCUCUGCUCAUCUAUGUUCUCUACAAACUUGGUUUCUUCAAGAGAACACCAUAUGGCACUGCCAUGGAGAAGGCCCAGCUGAAACCCCAGGCUGCAUCUGAGGCUUAAGUGGGCCUGGGAAUAUUCAGUUAGGAGAACCAAAGAAUACAUGAGAAGCCAUUUAAACAGAAAGAUUAAUUGCUUUGUAAAGAGGACCAGACUGCAGUAGAAGAGUAAGGAGGAAAGACCACUGGAUCUCCAUUGCACUGCACUGGAUGGAAAGACCCUAAGGACUCAAAGCCAAAUGAAUGUCUUUUGAAAUUUUCUUUGUUUCAUUUUUUGUUUUUGCUGUGGGUUUGGAUUUCUUUCACCAAUAAGUAGCCUGACACUCAGCUGCAAUAUUUAAGAAGAUUUUGGGAAAGGUUUAACCAAAGUGAAGAACCACGGCUUGGUUCUGUGAUAGAUUUCAAACAGAACAGAAGUUCUCCUACAUGUUCUGCUCAAGGAAGAAUCUUCUUUUUCUACCUGCACUCAUUUAUGCAAUGUUCACAGUUUGUAGUAUUUAACAUGUUUUUGGUGCUACCAGCGGGUGUCCAAGAUUUGUUCACUCCCUUUUAAAUUUCAACUGUGGGUAGAAGACACUCUGUUGAGCAGUUAAAGAGUUUUAGUGCAGUAUUUUACACACAACCAAAGACUUUUACACAGUUGUUUAGUUUAUGCAUAUUUACCUGAUGAGGUAAGGCAAGCACAGACACACAACCUCAUCACCUUCACUUUUAUUUUCUGCUGUGUCCUUUAUGUUUUGUUCUGUUUGCCUUGAUGAUUACAUGUCUAUCCUCAUAAAAGAAAGGGUUUCAGAGGAACAGGGAGGUUCCUUUUUUUUCUCGCAUCUGUUUCUCCAAAAAUUACCAAAUUGGUGUCUGUCUCAGGUGAUAAGGUGGAACAGCAGCACUCAGAUCAGGUGUGUCGCACUCACAGGAACUCAGAAACCCAAUCAGGGAAAGAAAAAAAACGUUCUCCGAGCACGACCGUCCAAUCCCUGCUAACCAUUCAACAAGUCAUCUGGGACAUGACUGGAUCCAUGCCAAGCCUGUGAAACCUUUAAGAAUUGCCUUGAAGCAGAGCUGUGCUUUGCCGAUAUACAGAACACGCUCCUGCCCCACUCCCCAUUGGUGUGCUGCUGCUGGGGCUGGACCAGCCAGCAGAGAGUGACAGCCAUGGGUUCACCAUCUACAUGGAAUCCUUCCUGUCUGUGCUGGAAGGGUUUACAAAGUGCAGGAAAGCCACUGUACUCAGUAGAAUUGGGGCUGUCUCAAAGUGUAAUAGUCGGCGCACCGGUCAAAAAGUGGUUUACAGCGAACCAUGGACAAUUCCAGUCCGAGACAGCAGUCUCACCAAGGGACUGAAUGUUAAACACACCAUUAUAGUUCUUGUUUUGUCCAUGUAUUUUUUUUUUUGUCUAAUGUCCAUGUGCAGUCUUAAAAAUAAAGGUUCCUAAACAGUUCUCAGCUGGCACCUGUGGUCCUGGCAAUUAAAUGAAACUCUUCAAAUUCUUUAGACUUCGAAAAGGUUCAUCACAGUUGUCAUUUGCAAAAAUAGGUUGUCACCACUACGUGGUUCUACAAGCAACCAAAAGAGCUUCAUGCCCUAAGAAACCUAUUUCAGAACCUUUAUUUUUGAGUGUAGUUGUGUGAAUAAAUGUGUAAAUGUAUGUGUCUGUUGAAGAGAAAGAGAGGGUUAUGCCCAGUUGCUCAGUCUUCUUUUUGUACUUCCCAUGAUGAGCACUGUAGCACAAACAUGCAGAUAGAGCAAGGCAUGCUAAUGCUGCUGUAUGUCAACAGAGCUUGGUGCCAGAGACAGAGAGGCUGCAGUCAAUUUCAAAUUUAUACACUUUUCUGUCACUUCAGAAGGAAGUCUACUGGGCGUAGGGAAAGAAAUCUGUAUGUAAAGUGCAAUACUGUUUUUAUUUCUCCUUUUUGACAUUGUAUUUUUUGCCUUUUGUCACUGUGUAUAUUCAUAUUGUACUCUUAAUGUUUUCAUGCAAACAACAACCUGUUGAACUGGGUUGAGUAUUGGCCACCACAAACUGAUUGACAUUUUAUGACGGAUUUUAUGUAAAAAAAAAACCAAAAACAAAAAAAAAACAUAACGUUAAGCCUCAGAUGGUUCCAAAAUUGGUUUGAAGCAUCACAGCUUUGUCAUCACAGAUUACUAUAGGCACUACACAAUCAUCCCUUACAGUUACAGUGCUGGAGAGAGGAAAUAUAAAACUGUUAGAGUUAAGAUGCUGUGAUCUUUUUGAUUGUUGUAUUUGUCAGAAAUGUCAUAGCUUGACUGACAAUCUUUAGUGAAUUUAUUUAAUAAGUUGUUUGAAAGCCUUGCCAUGAUUUGAUUUGAAACUAUGUUCAGACCUCUUGUAUAUUUGAGUCAAUUUAUUCUCAUUUCAAACAUAUAUUUAUACCUCCAGAUUUUUUUUUUCUUUGAUUUUCACAUUUUAGCAGGAGGAAGCACUGGUUAUAUCUACAUUUGUUUUUUUUUUUCCUCCCACCCCAUUGUCUUACGUCCUUUUUCUCUUUUGCUUUUCUUACCUUUUUAGGUUGUAAAUAUAAUUUGGCAAGAAGAAAUUUUUCAUUUUCAGCUGAAACUCUUACCUGACAAUAAAUAAGAGCGCCCCAUAUUGGGGAGAAUUGGAGUAAUUAUUUGUAUGAUAUUUUACAGUUUGCAUUUCAAAUAAAUCUUCAAAUUUUUUACA